ACACGGCUCUUCUCCUCAGCAGGUGCUAAGACCUGACUCCGGCCGGAACCGAUCUCCAGGCGGAACUUUGUGCUCUAUUCACGGCAGCCGGGGGGAAGGUUUAAUAUGGUGCACGGGCCACACUCCGGAGCCAAGAUGGAGGCGCGGAGUAAAGUCGAGCAUGAGAUGAGUUUGGCCGCUUUGCGGCGCAAUGACCCGUACAUCAGCGGCAUCAUAGACGUCACCGGGCAGGUCGCCCUCUAUAGCUUCAGUGCCAAGGCUAACGAGUGGGAGAAAACUGACAUAGAAGGAACCUUAUUUGUGUAUAGAAGAUCGGCAUCACCGCACCAUGGCUUUACAAUAAUGAAUAGGCUUAAUAUGAACAAUUUGGUGGAACCCAUCAAUAAGGACCUAGAAUUUCAGCUUCAUGAACCUUUCCUGUUGUAUCGGAAUUCAAGCCUGUCCAUUUACAGUAUCUGGUUUUAUGACAUGAAUGACUGCCAGAGGAUUGCACAGCUGAUGACCCAAGUGGUAAAACAGGAAUUGUCAAGGAUGAAGAAUCGGAAGAGCCUCAAUGGUACAAAUGGCUGCAGUGCUGGAACGAUAGACAUACUGGAGAUGCUCAGUAAGGCCAAGAAUGAUUAUGAAAAGGGCCAAGGAAAUGAGUUCAGCUCCAGUGCCACAAAAAACGCUCCCCUUGUAAAGUCGGAAAGUCUGGACACACCAGAGCAUGCCUCCACUUCUGCUCCUCAAGACAAGUAUUUUCAACCUGGACAAAAACACCUGACUGUGGAAGAACUUUUUGGAACUUUCCUACUGAAAGAACAGCACAUGAGUAUAUAUGGUCCUUCAGAAGUCAAGGAACCCUUCCUGCCCGAUGUAGAACAUAAUGUCUUCCUUCAAUCAAAACCCAUGCAGCCGGUGAUAGUGAAGGCAGAACCUAGGAGCUUCAACUGCAGCGCUAGUGAUUUCAGUCACCCAGCCUGUUUACCGCCAGCAUUAAUCCCUCAGAAACCAGUCACACAACUGGAUUCUAAAAAAAUGAAUAUAUUUCCUGGUCGUGUAAGUCCCAGUAUUGGUCCAUCCUCUGAAGUCCUGAGCACAUCCGCCCCACAUAAUUCCAGCCUGUUACACACAAGACAGAUGUCUCCUCUUAUGAGUCAGUCAAUUUCAGAUGUUGGCAGCGCCCCCCACACUCAACCUUUACUUCCACCACCAUUAGUUCCUAUCCGAAGCAGCAGCUUUUCCAGCACUUCCCAUCCCAGUGUGGAUCUCCUGCAGAAGCUAAAGCUGAAUCCUCAGGUCAACACAUUACCACCGCAGACCAUGAACAAAACCACGAUGGCACCAAAAUUCUCCUGUGCAACAAACCAGCUGGCUACACCAGAGUGUUUUAAAGACAGUUCUCUGAAAAACAAGUCAUUUGGACCUGUACAGGACUCCCAUGAAAAGAGAGAACCUGAAACAUUUGCCCAGCCCUUGGGUGUGUCUAAGGUGGUAGCAGGUUCGCAGUUUGGAGCACCUACCACUACAGAUGUUGCCUCUGUUCUCUGGUCACCCAGUGUAUUUCAGCAGCCAGCUCAGAAGCACAGUAGCCAAGAUGAACGAACUGCGACACCGCCUUCAGUUAACUGCAUGGUAGAUCGGACAAAACCCUGUUGUACUGGGUUAGCCUUCAGCCGCCCUCAGCUUAAGGAAACCCUAGUACAUCUUAUAAAGAAUGACUCCAGUUUCCUUAAUACAAUUCAUGAAGCCUACAUACAAGUGGUGGCCAAGAGUAUGGACAAUGUCAAGCUAUAAAAAAACGAAAUCCUCUGCGCCUGAAUGUAUGGAACAACCAAAACCAUGCAAAGCCACCUGUGGCAGGAACAACACAUGUCGUGGGGAUGCAUGGUUUAUGGGUGACUUCUGACGAAAAUGCCCAUGAGGAUAACAUGUUUUGUUGCAUGUUACCUAUAGGAAGGACGUUUAGUACCAUGGAAUUUUACAAAGGCUUGCACAUGAAAUCCUUUCCUAAUCUAUACUCUCUUUUGUGCUUUUUAUAUAUUAUACAUAUUCGUCUUGCCCAAUCCAAAGUUUUAAUUUUCAGCAUUUUAAUAAUUGGCUUAAAGUUACAGAAACCAUUUUUGCAUCACUUUAUUUUUGAUUAUAUAUGAUUAUAGCCUUGCUGAGAUUGAUCAGCCAUAUCUGGUGCACUUUGGUCAUGAUUCUCUAGCUCUUAGACCUAGCAAUGCACACAUGUAUGCUAUGGUCAAAUAAACAUGCAGUAACCAGUUACUGCACAAACCGUGGCAUUAUCUUUUAUAUGUACCUGUUGUCUAACCAAGAGGUUGUCGCUAUAUAAACUUAAUAUGCUAAUGGCAUAUGAAGGAACACUUUUACAUUUUACCUGCCAGCCUCCAUACUCCAAGCCUAAAGUAACACCAAAGCAUGGCCUGGCUAGACCCAGAACACAAGCUGGACUGUGUACUGCAUUGUAAGGCAUGGAGCCCAUUAAGUCCAAUAUAGAUUCUGGAAGAUUAGAGUUUAACAGGCAAUAAAGAAUAGUUUAAAAAAAGGGGUGGUAGGAUUUUUCCUAAACAGAAGUUUGAUCCAAAUGUUCUCGCUCAUUUGGACUUUACCAGUGGCUUUCUCAAUGCAAUAUUAUUGCAAGUACUGCUUCACUAGAAUAGUUUUUCAUUCAUAAGAUCACUGAUAAAACAUAUAACUCUGAAUGUAUGAGGUAUAGUAAGCAAGAUCAAGAAUGAAAUGGCUUUCCUACCUUAAAAGAAAUAUCUGGACAUAUAAUAAAUAAUAUAAAUGGCUCAGGGGGGGGGGGGGGGUUAAAAAAUUAUAAUUAUAAUAAAAAAAAAAUAAAAAAAAGCUAUACUCACCUACCCAGAGCCCCCACAGCUGCUGUGCCAACACUCCCUGUCUCCACUUAUGAGUUUGAGUUUUCCCUGCAGGAUUGGCUCAGAUAGGUAAUUCUUGCAGGGAUAAGUGCAGACCCAGGGUUGGAGAGUAUAGCUUCUUUUUUUUUUUUUUUUUUUUAGGCCACCAUGACCCAUAUGGGGGGGAAAAACUUUUUUUACACCCAGAUAAUCCAUAUUUAAUAUAUGUGUAAAAAUUCUGAUUAAUAAGUUUGUAAAAGAAAUAGGAAAGAUCAUCCUGACAAACACCUCGGUAAUUUCAGACUGGUUGCUAGAGCCAUGCUUCCUGACAACCUCAUACAAAAGGUUAUGUAUCCAUAGCAACCAGUCUCUGAGCUGGAUUGACCCUUUCCUGACGGUAGAAAAAAAAGGAGAUAAGAAGCUUUACAACAGGAUUUAUAAUCUUUGCUGCGUUAUUAAUCAGAUUUUUCCCCCCAAAAAAUCAUUUUAGUUUAAAAUGAGACUCAUGGAUCAGGACAAUUUUAUUAUUUUCCAUUUGUUCCUGCUACUAAACUGUUAGCUUUCACUAAUUUUUUUUAUCUGUUCACUUAUUAUGGAGAUAUUAAAGGGGUACUCGGCUGCUCAGCAUUUGGAACAAACUGUUCCAAACGCUGGCGCCGGGAGCUCGGGACGUCAUAGCCCCACCCCUCAUGAUGUCAUAGUCC